CAGGAGUUUAUUCAGCACUCCCAUCGUCCGUAAUGGCUACCAAAAUGAAGGUUUUCAAGAAGUCAAGUGGCGAUAGGACGCAGAAGGAGCCAGCUGCAACACGAAAAGCACAAUCUCCUGCUCAAGCACAAGUAUCGGCACAAACGACUCAACCCGUCGCCGCGGCUGUACCGUCAGCCAUGGGAUUCGAAAGCUUUGCGGAGGCUAAGCAAGCGGCAGCCACCCGCGUGAUUCUCCACAACUAUACUCCCCCAGUCAACGACUCUAGCUUACCUAAGGAUGACGAUGAUGCAACCCGCAAGGUCUACAUUCGUCGAAUGUACGACGCCUACGUCGACAUAACCCAAUGCAUCGACCGCGCCACCGUUGCCAACUUCGAUUCGCACUUCGCCACUCUCUCAUCUAAUCCGCCUACGUCCCCUAUCACACCUGUCAUGAUCUCUACCAUCUGUUGGCAUCUACUCACCAUCGCUAUCGAUCUUCAUACUCGCGGUCCUGUGUCUCUCAACAUCUAUGACCCAUCAAAGCUCAAGAACGUGUACACGUACCGGAACUUGACGUUCAAAGCGCGUAUCGACGCGGUGUGUGAGCUGUUGAAGACGAGCAAGGCUAGAUGUGCGAGUCUAAUUAAACUUGAUGGUUUGGAGAUGGUUGUUGCGAAUGCGCCCAUGUUGUGUAGACAAACGAAGACUAAUCAUUAUUCGAAUGGCCAUAGACAAGGUUACCUGGCUACUGGGAAUGAUGCUGUCGCUGGCAAGAAGAGAGAUGCUUCGGAGAUGGACAGCGAUGAAGCGGAGAAGACUGAUGCUCGCGAGUCGGACGAGUAGUAGGCAGUAGAUUGAUGGACAGGAUGAGUGUGGUGUGGUAGUUCCUUUCGAAUCUAGUAUGUUCAUAUGUUCGUAGUGAAUGAUAUGACCCCUUUCUUCUUACAAUGAAACUGUUCGUUCUUUGCGCAGCUACGUUUCUUGCAUACUGAUGUCCGUCCUCCAUCAUGAGUUUAUUGAUGGCCCGAUCUUCUAGGAUAAGAGCGGCAUGCACAGUUGUGGCGAUGGAUGCAAUACUGUGUAUACUUGCUUAUUUGGCAACCUGGUUCAUAUGGAAUGCUGAGGCAAAUG